CGAUACCCUGAGAGUUUGUGAACGACUUAUCCUGUUAGGCUUUGCUGGUGUGUGGAGCGAGUCAUGUCGGAACGGUGGUAGCACUGUUAUGCCACAUACUGAUAGGCACACGAAAUACGAUGCGGGGUAUCAGUCGGUAGCAAAUAACCAUGUGGAACAUUACGGCCGGCCACCGCGCACCGCUAACUGGUGCAUGCUCACUUCGCGCGGGAACUCGGCGAGCGGGCUGGACUCUCGUGCGCGAGCCCGGUUCUGCAAGGACGCUUGCCCUCUCACCUCAGCCGCUGAAAUACAUUAACGGUGCUUCGGCUGAGCUGCGGGCGAACCAACGUGGACAGCGCGCGGCCGUUGUCGUGGGCGCUGGUGGCGCGGGCCGUGCCAAGCGCAUCUACCCCUGCAAGUACUGCGGCCACGUGCACAGCCGCUACCAUGGCAAGUGCCAGCAGUGCGGCGCCUUCGGAGCCAUGCCGCUGGAGGGCGAGGCGCCGCCCCCGCCCGCGGCGGCAGACGGGGUCCUGGGUGGCCGGGCGCGAGGCGGCGGCGGAGCGGGAGUACAAGCGCUGGAGCAGCUGCAGGCGGCAGUAGCAGCGGCGUCAUACGGCGACGGCGGCGCUACAGCCGUGGGUGGCAGCGGCCGCUCGGUGGGCUGGGUGGCCAGCAACGGCGGGGCCGAGGACGACGCGCCGUUGUCGCUGCGGGCGCUGUCUCGGGCGGCGGCGGCGGGCGGGCUGGCGCGGCAGGGGCGCAUCCCGCUCAGCGGCCGCACGGGAGCAGAGGUGCAGCGGGUGCUGGGCGGCGGUGUGGUGCCGGGGGCGCUGGUGCUGCUGGGCGGCGACCCGGGUGUGGGCAAGAGCACCAUCACGCUGCAGGUCGCGGCGAUGAUGGCGCACCCGGAGAUCGACUUUGACGCGCUGGAGGAGCGGCGGGCCGCGGCUGGAGGCAGCGGCGGCAGCGGCGGCGGCAUGGGUGGAGGCGAGGAGCAGGAGGAGGACGGGGGCGAGGGGUCGGAGUUUGAGGAGUUGGAAAGAAUGGACCGGACUGAGUUCGAGGGAGCAGGGGAUGAGCGGUCAGCGGCGCAGCAGGCACGGCGGCUGAGGGGCAGUCGGGCCGAGGGGGGUGCUGACGGCGAGGAGUGGGAGGAGGGGCUGGAGGAGGAGGGGGAGCUGUACGACGAGGGGGAGGGAGAGGCGGAGGAGGAGGAGGACCAGGACGAGGAGGGCGGCGCCAGGGGUGCGGCUGUGGCGCUACAGCGGCACCGUACGGUGUUGUACGUGACGGCGGAAGAGACGCGGGAGCAGGUUGUGUCUCGCAGUCGGCGCAUGGGCCUGCACCGCUGUGACCGCGUGGUGGUGCUGUGCCGCAGCGAGAUGGCGGCCAUUGUGCGCGCUGUGUUGGAGGUGCGGCCUGACGCGGUGGUGAUGGACUCCAUCAACACCGUGUACCUGGGCAGCCUGCCGCAGGCGCCCGGCACCGUGACGCAGAUCCGCGAGUGCGGGCAGCUGCUGCUGCGCCUGGCCAAGGACCAUCGCAUCGCGCUGUUCAUCAUCGGCCACGUCACCAAGGGAGGAGAGAUGGCCGGACCCAACAUGCUGGCACACAUGGUGGACACGGUGUUGUACCUGGAGGGGGACGUGGCGCAGAGCGUGCGGCUGCUGCGGGUGGUCAAGAACCGACACGGCUCAGACGCCGAGUGCGGGGUGUUCAGCAUGGACGGCAGCGGCCUGCACGCGGUGGCCAACCAGUCGGCGCUGUUCCUGGAGAGCCGCAUGGCGGACGCCGAGGGCGGCGCGGACGGCGCGGACGACCUGGCGGCGAGCAGUGUGGUGGGCGUGACCAUGCAGGGCAGCCGGGCCAUCCUGGUGGAGGUGCAGGCGCUGGUGAGUCCGCUGGGUGAGCGAGCCGCCGCCGCCGCCAGUGCUCUAUCUUACAGGUCCGCCACGGGUGUGGACAAGGGCCGGCUGGCCACGCUGUGCGCCAUCCUGGACAAGCACGUGCCCACCCUGGAGCUGGCCAACUGCUCCGUCAUCGUCAACGUCGUGGGCGGCGCGCAGGUGCGCGACGUGGCGAGCGACCUGGCCAUAGCGGUGGCGGUGGCCGCCUCCUACUACAACGUAGCCGUGCCCCGAGACCUGGCCGUGUGCGGAGAGGUGGACCUGGCCGGCCGUGUGCGCUGCUCCUUCCAGCGGCUGGACGUGCGCGUGCGCGAGGCCGCCAAGCUGGGCUUCAGGCGCGUCGUCAUCCCGCGGACCAAGGGCUGGGAGCGGCUGGUGUCGGACGGGCAGCUGGCGGCUGCGGGCGUGGAGGUGGUGGCGGUGCGGACCGUGGCGGAGGCGCUACUGGCAGGGCUGGGGGCGGGCACGGCAGACCACCGCCCGCCGCAUGUCAAGCCGCCGGCGCGCGGCAAGCCGCCGCCGGGUACGGGGCGGCCUGGCUCACGCUUCACUCGCUCGGGGCCGCCCGUGCAGCAGCAGCACCAGGAGCAGGCCGAGGAGGCCGUUGGGGCCGAAGAGCAGCAGCGGCAGCAGCAGGGCGAAUGGCACUACAUGCAGGGCGGGGCGGCCGCCACAGGACCCGAGAUGCAACAGCCGUACCCAGACCAGACGUCGUACCAGGAUCCGGCCUACCAGCAGCAGCUGUCGUACCAGCAGCAACAGUACCAGCAGCCGUACCCGCAACAGCCGCAGCCGUACAUUGCCGUAGACAGCGCCUGGCCGCGUGCGGCGGCCAUGGGCGGCGUGGCAGCGGCUUACGCCGCAGCGGCGGCGGCGCCGCCGUAUCCUGGCGCGGCGCCGGCGCCGCCGGCUGAGGCGUACGGUGAGCAGUGGGGCGGCGGCGGGCCCGCUGCCGCCUGGCAGGGAGUUUUGGAUCUGGAUUCCGAGGCGGUGGGCGGCGCGGCUCAUGUCUUGGGUGGGAGCUAUGGCAGCUAUGGGGAGGCGGGCGAGAGAAGCGGUGGCGUGGAGGAGCAGGAGGCGGAGGCGGAGCAGGGGAUGAAGGAGCAGGAGGUUGAGGCGUUGCGGCCGCAGUUUGGCUACGGCGCCCCGGCAGCGGCGUCGGGCAUCGCAGGGAGAGGCGGAGUGGCUUCGGCGGUGAUGGUGGCGGGCGUGUCGGCGGACGGUGCGGACGAGGAUGCGUUGGAGGGCAUGAGUCUGCGACAGCGGCGUAAGGGGCGGCGCCCUGCGGGCAAGUGAAGAGAAUUGGGGUGUGGGGUGAACCGUGUGCAUGGUGCUGGGUUGCGUUGGGUGGCGUUGAUUGGUGAGGGCGCAUUCAGCGGACGCUGGCGAGGCGGUCGUUAAUGCCAGCCGAAGGCGGGGCGGCGCAAGGGACGGCACUCAGCGGGCAAUUUAAGUGGAUUGGGGCAUGGGCCGCAACACGCUCUGUUGAAGUUUUGAGGGCGCAUUGAGCGCAAGCUGGGGAGGCGGUCGGCGGUCGUAAUGGGCGGUGCCGCUCUGGGGCUAUGGGGUGGGGGUUGUGGUGGGACCACGGCGGGUGUGGCUGCCGGGCUGCUGGUGUGCUUGGCGAGCUGGAGGGGCCGGCGGUGAGUGGAAAUGGCGGUGAGUGGAAAUGGCGGGCGGUGAGGUCGAACGGCCGCUCAAGGCGUCGAGAGCUGUGGCGGUGCGGUGGUGUACUGCUGGCCAGUGCUGGCCAGUCGCACUGGGAGGCGGGGCACAUGCAGGCGCACACGUGCACAGCCCUCAAGUUCUCAGGCCGAUUACAUCCCGACCUGAGCGUAAGGGUCGUGUCGUGCAUACCGUCAGUUCAGUGCUCAGUGGGUACUGGCGUCCAGGAAGCAUGGCUUCUACCGUACACUGUACUGAUGUUGAUUGAUGUUGUUUACGGCUUGCCUGCAGUACA